AUGCUGUCGCGGUCUACCCUCAGCCGAAAUGCGCCCCGUGCGCUCUCUGCUGCCGGCGCCAGCAGUCGUCGCAGCAUGGCCUCUGCUGCGACUCCCGGCCUUCAGUACGAUGUCUCUGAGUCUGCCGGUGUGAAGGUCGCCAACAGAGAGGUUGCAGGCCCAACCGGCACCCUGGCGUUGGUGGCAAAGGCCGGUUCCCGUUACCAGCCCUUCCCUGGCUUCUCCGACGCUCUCGAAUUCUUCGCCUUCAAGUCUACACUCAAACGGUCGGCGUUGCGGAUCACUCGGGAGGUUGAACUGCUGGGCGGUGAAGUUUCCUCGACACAUUCGCGUGAGAACGUCGUUCUCAAGGCCAAGUUCCUCUCAAAAGAUCUCCCUUACUUUGCCGAGCUUUUGGCGGAGGUCGCUUCCCAGACAAAGUUUGCAGCCCACGAGUUGAAUGAGCUCGUCUACAACCUCAUCAAGUACAGACAGCAAGCCCUUGCCGCCGAUGCCGAGAGCGUUGCCUCUGACGCUGCCCACGCUCUUGCCUUCCACCGCGGUCUGGGUGAGAACAUUACUCCCUCCGCCACUGGUCCUUUCGAAAAGUACCUCUCCGCCGAGGCCAUCGCCGAGUUUGCCAAGGACGCCUAUGCUAAAUCUAACAUCGCCAUCGUUGGCAGCGGCUCCACCUCCGCUGAGGUGUCCAGGUGGGUUGGUGAGUUCUUCAAGGAGCUCCCCAGCGCUGGCAGUUCUAGCCAGUUCAAAGUGCAGCCCAACACUGCCUCCAAGUACUACGGUGGCGAACAGCGUAUCGCUUCCAAGGCCGGCAACGCCGUUGUGAUUGCCUUCCCUGGCUCUAGUGCCUUUGGCACAUCUGGCUACAAGCCUGAAGCUUCCGUUCUUGCUGCCCUCCUCGGCGGUGAGUCUUCCAUCAAGUGGACUCCUGGCUUCUCUCUCCUUGCCAAGGCCACCCAGGGUUUCUCUCAUGUCCGUGUCGCGACCAAGAACAACGCCUACUCCGACGCCGGUCUCUUCACCAUUACAGUCUCUGGAAAGGCCGACCAGGUUGCUGCCGCCAGCAAGAACGUGGUCGACGUUCUCAAGAAGACGGCUGCCGGUGAGAUUGCCGGUGACGAAAUUAAGAAGGCUGUUGCUUUGGCCAAGUUCCGUGCUCUCGAGUCGGCUCAAACCCUCGAGACCGGCCUUGAGGCCACUGGUGCUGCCCUGAUCAACGGCAGCAAGCCCUACCAGAUUGGCGAGGUUGCCCAGGGCUUCGACAGCGUCACUGAGGCGCAGGUCAAGGAUGCCGCCAAAUCUUUCCUCUCUGGCAAGGCUUCCGUUGCCGCUGUUGGAGACCUCUUCCAGCUUCCUUACGGCGAGGACCUCGGUCUGACCGUUUAA